CCAGAAUCCUUUGCGAUAACACAGGAAGACCGAAGAUUAACCGGUAUCCAAUAUGGCGGCUCCAUGGAGGGCCAUUCCUUGUAAAGUCAACCAUCUUCGUCUUGAUAUUGUUUUGGCGUCAGGUCAAUCAUUCCGCUGGAGACAAUCCGAAGACAGUGUAUGGACUGGUGUUUUCAAAGGCAAAGUUUGGACUCUAAAACAAGACGAUCUUAAUAUUUAUUAUCAAGUUUAUGAGUACGACAGCUGCAGUAAAACAAGAAAAGCUAUCAAACUAGAGCCAUCCCAAGACUCAAAUGACGUUAUUCUUCGUGACUACUUCCAACUUGAUGUAGAUGUUUUAAAAUUAUACAACAAAUGGGCCGAACAUGAUCCAUAUUUUAAGAAGAUUGCAUCAGAUUUUUCAGGCAUUAGAGCACUGAGACAGGAUCCCAUAGAAAAUCUAUUCAGCUUCAUAUGUUCGUCGAAUAAUAAUAUAUCUCGAAUCACAGGAAUGGUAGAGAAAUUGUGUACAAUGUAUGGCGAAAAGGUGGCCAAAGUUGAUGGCACACAGUAUUAUAGCUUCCCCAGCGUUGGUUCUCUAGCUGGACCAAAGGUUGAAGAACAACUUAGAAAACAAGGCUUUGGCUACAGAGCAAAGUAUAUUUAUCAAAGUGCAAAGAUGAUUGUCGAUAAAGGAGUUGAAUGGCUUUAUAACCUUAAGAAUGUUGACUAUGAACAAGCACGUCAAGACUUAAUGGAACUCCCUGGUGUUGGUGCUAAAGUUGCAGACUGUGUUUGUUUGAUGUCCUUGGACAAGACAAGUGCUAUACCAGUUGACACUCAUGUAUGGCAAGUGACAGCAAAAUAUUACAUACCAAACCUGUCCAAAACUAAGUCACUUACAGAUAAACUUUAUAAGCAGAUAGGAGACUAUUAUCGUCACAAAUUUGGUGAUUAUGCUGGAUGGGCACAGUUUGUGUUGUUCAGUGCUGACUUAAAGAAGUUCCAAAACUUACAGCAAGAAGUCCAAACAUUACCACAAAAGAGACCCUCUUCAACUACAGAGAGUAAACCUGACAAGACAGCCAAGAAAAAGAAAUCCUGAUGAUUCUUCUUAGAUGCUCCACCUACCUUACACAGUACACCCCAAAAAACAUAAAACUCCCAAUCUCAGUUCCGGUCGUAAGAAUACAAAAAACGGCACGCGCUUGUAGGGUAAUCCACACAACUCGAUUACAAGUCGCGUCAACCCGAGAUUGUACAGGUACAAAAUGGCGUCAAAACAAUUCUUUCUUGUUAUCGUUUGUCUACUUGUAUUACAUCACGCGGUAGAUGCCCAUUUUAGACUGGGACGACGAGAAGAGAUCGAGAAGAUAGCAAGACGUGAACCAGAGGGUUACGAGAGCUACUAUUACCCUGAAGAACGCAUGAAUAACGGCUUUCAAAGAAAAUCCAACUACAAGCGAGGAGCUAAAACUCUGUCAGGGUUUACGAAGACACAUUAUUGAAGAUGCAUCACACUGUAGACACAAAAGUUCAAAUAUUCCAUUCACUACCUGUUUAGUGAACUUGUACAAAGAAUUGCACUAAAUGGUCAUUAUGUUCAAKCAGUCACUCUUCUAAAGAGAAUGCACUGUGUUUGUUGCUAAAAUAAAACAUUAAAAACAAA